UAUUUAGGCCUUUAACGCGUCCGGUGGAAUCAGGCCUGGAAGGCUGGAGCAAGGGAAAUACGUCACGUUCUCGCUAAAGCUGGUCGUUCGUACUGGCGUACCAUCCAAAUGGAUAGCAGCAAGGCCUGACUGGGUAGCCCCGCCCAUUCUGCCUGCGAUUUGAGUUUGCCCUGCAGAAGGGUCUUCUUCAAUGUCCAUGGUCUUCUUUCUAGUUUCUUGCGGGAGCCAAUCACCAAGCUGGCUUUUCCCCUGGCGCUAUUGGCUGGUUUAACACAAUGACGACAGGGAAGCGACGACAUGCAGCCAAUGGCAUACAGAGUAAUUUGUGUUGAAGAAACUGACAGCAGCCUCUCCAAACCAACGUGUAUUGAGCUUGGUCUGUCAAUAGCCAGGCUUGUACAUUUGACUACCAGCAAGACAGUUGUGUCAACCUGCAUUUGUCUUGUGAAGAACGUGGAAUACUUUAAUUGGACCAGGUAAGAACCGACCCCAGUAUGGAUAUGCCAUUAAGGGUAGGAUUUAUUGGAGCAGGAAACAUGGCAUAUGGAAUAGCAAAGGGGAUCUUAUCCGGAGAUGUUCUUCCUGUAAAUGUUAAAGUGAGUGCCCCAUCACCUAGGAACUUUGGACGAUUUGAGGAGUUGGGGAUCUCAGUCACACACUUCAACUCUGACGUGGUCUCUGGCUCAGAUCUGGUCUUCGUAGCUGUCAAGCCCCACCUGGUUCCAGAAAUUCUCCGUGAGAUCUCACAACUUGUAACUCAGAAACACAUUAUUGUUUCUGUUGCAGCGGGCGUAACAUUGGCAACAUUAGAGCUUCUCUUGCCAAAAGAUUCAGUGAUCCUCAGGCUGAUGCCUAACCUACCAUGUUUGCUCCUGGAAGGGGCUCUCCUGUUUUCAAGAGGCUCCUCUGCAAAGCCAGAGGAUGCAGCUCUACUUAGCUCUUUGCUGCAGCAUUGUGGCCUAGUGGAGGAAGGACCUGAGGCCUGGAUUGAUGUACACACUGGACUCAGUGGUAGUGGUGUGGCCUUUGUAUAUCUGUUUGCUGAAGCACUGGCAGAAGGGGCUGUUAAAAUGGGAAUGCCAAGUUCCCUCGCCCACAGCAUCGCAGCUCAGACUAUUGUGGGUGCCGGCAAAUUGUUACGUGACACAGGAAAGCAUCCUGCUCAGCUGCGCUCUGACGUUUGCACGCCGGGAGGGACAACGAUAUAUGGACUUCAUGCGCUGGAGCAAGGGGGUCUGAGGGCAGCAACCAUGAGUGCAGUGGAAUCUGCGACAGAGAGAGCCAGGGAGCUUGGCCAAAAGUCGGCAGGAGCUGGGAAUAGCAACUGAUGAUGUUGUCUUUACCAGACCUUUACCAGACCUUCCACCAACCAGCCAAACUUCACAGAGGAACCAAAUUGGUCUCUGUUUUUGCCUUGUAUCGGUUUCAUCUUGAUAGGUUAUUAUCUUAAUGGGUAAACGGUAAAACAAUCGUUUUAUUCACAUUUAAUUUAAUCCUAUUGCUAACCACUUCAUUCUCUUACGAGUUUAAUAAAACGAUAAUAGUGAAGUUAUUGAACUUCCCUAUUACAAUCAUUGUUGAUAUUGAAUAAAACUCGAUAACCGAAUUUAUGUAGUGGGCCACAUUUCUUUAUUGCAAUGUGAGGAUCUGUUUCACACUUAUAGUAGAUUUCAACCUAAAGUGCUUAACCUUUCCAUAGAAUUGUGGCAUAGCUUGUUUUUGGCCAUCUACUGACCAAGUAUUACAAUCA